UCCUGACGGGAAGGUCUUUUUGUUUGGGCCGCUGAGAGAGUCGACACUUGCUUCAAUUCCCCUGGUUAACAACCGUUUUUUAUCUGCAUUAAUUUCGGGUGUCUUUUAUGAAUAAUCAAAAGCAGCAAAAGCCAACGCUAACCGGCCAGCGUUUCAAAACGAGGAAAAGAGAUGAAAAGGAGAGGUUUGACCCUACUCAGUUUCAAGAAAGUAUCGUACAAGGCUUGAAUCAAACUGGCACUGAUUUGGAAGCGGUUGCAAAGUUCCUUGAUGCCUCUGGCGCCAAGCUUGACUACCGCCGGUAUGCAGAGACACUCUUUGACAUCCUGGUGGCCGGCGGCAUGCUGGCCCCAGGCGGGACUCUAUCUGACGACAUGACCCGCACUGAGUUCUGCCUCUUCACGGCACAAGAAGACCUUGAGACAAUGCAAGCAUAUGCUCAGGUUUUUAACAAGCUGAUCAGGCGUUACAAGUACCUGGAGAAGGGUUUUGAAGAGGAGAUCAAGAAGUUGCUGCUGUUUUUAAAGGGGUUCACUGAGUCUGAGCGCAACAAACUCGCCAUGCUGACCGGCAUCCUGCUGGCCAACGGCAACAUAUCAGCCUCCAUCCUGAACAGCCUCUUCAAUGAGAACCUCGUCAAAGAGGGAGUAUCUGCAGCCUUCGCUGUCAAGCUGUUCAAGUCAUGGAUCAAUGAGAAGGACAUCAACUCUGUUGCUGCCAGUCUCCGCAAAGUCGGCAUGGACAACAGGCUGAUGGAACUCUUUCCUGCCAACAAACGGAGCUGCGAGCAUUUUUCUAAGUACUUUACCGACGCCGGGCUGAAGGAGCUGUCCGACUUCGCCCGCAACCAGCAAUCCAUCGGCGCCCGCAAGGAGCUGCAGAAGGAGCUCCAGGAGCAGAUGUCCCGCGGUGACCCUCAGAAGGAGAUUAUUGCCUUCACCAGGGAGGAGAUGAAAAAGGCCAACCUCUCUGAGCAGGCCAUGAUCGGCAUCAUCUGGACCAGCGUGAUGAGCUCCGUGGAGUGGAACAAGAAGGAAGAGCUGGUGACCGAACAAGCCAUCAAACACUUGAAGCAAUACAGCCCUCUGCUGAAAGCCUUCACCUCCCAGGGUCUGUCCGAGCUCAGCCUGCUGCUGAAGAUCCAGGAGUACUGCUACGACAACAUCCACUUCAUGAAGGCCUUCCAGAAGAUCGUGGUGCUCCUCUACAAAGCGGAUGUAUUGAGCGAAGAGGCCAUACUGAAGUGGUACACUGAAGCCCACCUUGCCAAGGGGAAGAGCGUUUUCCUCGAGCAAAUGAAAAAGUUUGUCGAGUGGCUGAAGAACGCAGAAGAAGAGUCAGAAUCAGACGAGGAGGAGGCGGACUAAGAACCUCCAUCGCCAGACGAGCUUUCAUUUCUUUUUCUUUUUUUUUUUUGUUUCAUUAUUAUUUUUUUUUACAAGUAGCAGCAGGAGCAGUAGAAUGUCUUUGCCCUUCUUUCUCUUCUACCUCCUGUUACUUAUUUAUCCUCAGACAUCCUUCCACCACUCCAAAAAAAAAAACAAAACAACAACAACCGUUACGUAAACUAAACAAGAAAUUAAAAAUAAAUAAUAGUGUUAAAAAAAGAAAAGGGCUCAGUCCUUCAAAGUGGAAAACGAUGAAUCCUCCCUCUCUACUUUUUAUUUUUUUGGUAUUAUUAUCGUCGUAAUGCCUUCUGUAAUCUGGAGACCAAACAUUCCAUGUGAUCCCGACGGCCGCCGAAUCUGAAUUUGAGUAACAUUCGCCUUUCUGGCACGAGACCACGAGGCCGACAAAAACAGCUCUGAUGUUUUUGCCAAAGUUUUCUCCCCUCCUGCCCCCCUGUAAACUUUCUUUCUUUUUUUUUUUUUCUUCUUCUUCUUCUUUUGCCCAGCUCAUGUUUUGGCUCGUGUUCAGUCUUAAACUUGGCCUUCUUUCUUGACUCUUGGGUAAACCUGUACUGCCUGUCGAGGCCGAUCCGCGAGAAGACACGCCCAACCCCCCCACACCCGUAAGACGCCUCGCCAGCUAACUGAUUAUUAUUGGUUUCUACUUUCUUUAAUCUGAUAUACAACCGAUUUGACUUUUUUAUGAAAUAAAGAUUAUUGAAAUGGUU